CGUCCCAGUAAACUCGCGCAAUCAUUAGGAGCUUUGCGAGAGUUGCGCUUAGCUGCUCGUCGAAAAUCGAAAGCAGAUAUGGCAGAAGCAAUGAAGCUGUCCAGAGAGGAGGAUAUGAGCAAGCAUUUUAAUGCAACCAACAUGCAACUGCUUUUCUUCGGUGAUCCUAGUACAAACGAAGUGAAAGAGGAGACUUCAAACCUUCUAGGAGGAAUUGCUGCGGAUUCUGAUAACGAACUACCCACCGUGUCAAGCAACAUCCAACAAGGUGGGCUACUGCGUGGAACUGGGC